CUUGGCAAAUAGGCAGCUCAUGCUGGUAUUGUAAACAGCAGUCGCGCGACAGAGGAGAGAGUUGCGACGUUGAACACUCCGUGAAACACCACCAUGGAAAAUAUUUCCAACCCAGAGAGCACGAACUCUCCGUGCAACCGCUCUAAGGAGUUGUAUGCCUUCGGUUCCAAGAACUGGACCGAUUCAAACUGCGUCUCCCCGCCGCAGUACUUCUAUCGAGACUUCUACAUCAUUCUGCCGAUCAUCUACUCUGUCAUAUGUGCCGUGGGAUUGACAGGAAAUACGGCUGUCAUUUAUGUUAUACUCAAAGCGCCCAAAAUGAAGACGGUGACUAAUAUGUUCAUCCUGAACUUGGCUAUCGCAGAUGACUUGUUCACUUUAGUGCUGCCUAUCAACAUUGCUGAACAUCUUUUGCAUUACUGGCCCUUCGGUGAGACGUUAUGCAAGAUAAUACUUUCCAUAGAUCACUACAAUAUAUUCUCCAGCAUAUACUUUCUCACGGUGAUGAGUGUCGACCGAUAUCUGGUGGUGCUUGCGACCGUCCGUUCGAAGAGGAUGCCCCACCGCACUUACAGAGCAGCCAAAACCGUAAGCAUCUGCGUGUGGCUGCUGGUCAUUCUAAUAGUCAUGCCUUUCACCGUCUUCGCAGGAAUUUACGUUAGCCCCGACGACGUCGAGAGAAAAAGUUGCGUCUUGAGUUUUCCCAACCCGGAGGGUUUCUGGUUCAAAGCUAGCCGGAUUUACACCCUGCUCCUAGGCUUCGCCUUCCCCGUCUCAACCACCUGCAUCCUCUACACCGUGAUGCUGUACAAGCUGAGGAACAUGCGACUGAAUUCCAACGCCAAGGUUCUGGAUAAAGCUAAAAAGAAAGUGACUGUCAUGGUGUUCAUUGUUCUCGCGGUCUGCCUGUUCUGCUGGACGCCGUUCCACCUUAGCACCAUCGUCGCCCUCACCACGGACCUGACCUCGACGCCGCUUGUCAUCGGAAUCUCCUAUUUCAUCACCAGUCUAAGUUACGCCAACUCUUGUCUAAACCCUUUUCUAUACGCCUUCCUCGACGACAGCUUUAGGAAGGCUUUCAAAAAAAUGUUGGAGUGUAGACAAUCCUGAAUAUACAGCAAGAAUAUGCCACAUAAACGCUGCUCAAGACACUUUGACUUAGUCCCGUGCACACUUGGUAUGGUAAAAUGUUUUUUCCUCACAAAUUAAAAAAUAAUCAAAUUUGUUUAAAAGGUAUAGCUUAUAGCUAUCUGAAUACAGAUAAAGUUAUUCUGAACUUAAACCGUUGGUCGUGUUUUUUUUUUUUUUUAACUGAGAGUAUGUCUCCCUCUGGUGGAAAAAGGCACUAGUACCUCAGAGAUUAAGUGGUGAUUCGAAACCUAAUAAACUUGAAUUGCCACCAACAGUUGGUAGCCGAAAAAAAUGUCACGUGAGGAUAUAAUUAAUUUGCGGCACAGCGAAAUUCAAUUCAUACAACGUUUUAAACGUAGAAAAACAUUAUUGUGCAAAUUUAACAUUCUGACAUGAGAAGAAGUUGAUAUCAAACGGUAUUAUACCUUGUAAAUAUGGACAUAAAACGAAUGACGUCAAGUCAAUAAGUAUUCGGCAUUCGUGUAUUUAUCUUGCGCCGCUCGUAUGUGUGAAAACAAUGCAGUUUCCCAUAUUACGCCCCCUCAUCCCUUCGUAAUAUUGCCCACCCACCAGUUCUGUAGCCGACAAUUUUGUCCAUUUUAUGUCGUGGCAUUAACUAAUUUUAAAUUUAUUUUAAAGGUAGUUUUCCACUCAUCUCCGCUCGCCACAAAAAAAGCUAUUUGAUCAGUUUCACUGAAGCUGCACAAAAAUAAUAUAAGUACAUAUGCUUUUUUAAAAUAAUGCCUACUGUUCGAUAUUUAUGUUUUUUAUCUAUGUAUUUGCUGAAGAAUAAAAUUUAAAAACAA